AUGCCUCAGCAGAGAGAACCCAUCGUUGAUGCAAAAGUCAAGUUCGAUCUUUCUCUUGAGCACGAAAAUGGAAAUGUAUAUACAAUGGAUGAUGACUGUACUUGGGUGGCGAAAUUGACAUUGGAAAUUGCAAAUGAAAACAAACAAAGGAAAGCGGCCGAGGGAGUGGAAGUAACUGUGGGAGACAAGAAGGGUUCCCUGGAGACGCUGGAUGACUUGAAGGAGAAGUAA